CUCAAAACAAGCUUCAAAUAAUGACUGUCUUCAGGUUUCUUGUAGUUUUGGUGGUCUUUCAUCUGAACUUUGUAUGGAAUAUUGCCAGAGGGGAUGUUUCAGUCUCCUGCGAGUUUAAGCAAAACUGCAUCUUACCGUGUACAUUUAGACCUGGUCCUGAACUAGUCAUCCACUGGAUUCAGACAACAGGAAACAUUCAGGUCCACUCUUUCUACCACAACCAAGACAAGCUCGGAUACCAGGACCAGCGCUUCAAAGGCAGAACAUCAAUCUUUAAAGACCAAGUCUCCAGUGGAAAUGCUUCACUUCAACUGACAGGAGUGGAAUUUCAAGAUGAAGGGAGAUACAAGUGUUACACCAGUGUCACCAGUGGAAACCAGGAGUCAUUUAUCAAUGUAAUUGUAGAUGUUCCAGUCCAGAAAGUAAACAUCAACCAGGAAGGAAAUAUGAUCUUCUGCAUGUCAGGGGGAAUCUACCCUGAACCUAAACUCACUUGGUCCACAGAACCUUCAUCACCUUUGGCUCAUGUGCCAAAUCCACACGUCCAGCGUGAUGGACAACUUUACAGCAUCAGUAGUUCUCUGACACUCUUAGACAGUGAUACUGAUUUAACCUACAGCUGCACCAUCAGCACUCGCAAAAACACAAAGACAUCAACUCUGUUUAAACCAACUUCUAUCACUUGUCCUGACUCUGAAAUUACAAUCCCAUGCACCGACUCAAAUACUCUUGUAACCAAUCUCGUCUGGAGAUUCAACCACAGUCAGCUCAUUGUGACACAGAUGAAAUCCGGAGGAACUUACACAGUUUCAGAUAAAUGGAGGCAAUAUGUGAAGGAUGCUUCAAAGAUUGGCACGCUCACACUACAGAAAUUAUCUUCAGAUCAGAAUGGAAUAUACACGUGCGAACUGACUAAUGAUGACACAACACUCGUAAAAACCACAGUUCUUCAGAUUACAGAAGGACAGACAAUUAAUGUCACAGGCAUUGCUAUUGGAGUGGUUGUUGCAGUUUUGGCUUUAGCACCACUAAUAUUCCUGGUAGUACGGCAUCUAAGACGCAAUACGCAGGAGGAGCGGCAGCACCAGCGUGAGCAGCGACCGCUCAACAGUGCCUCCAAUCAGAGCGAAAAUGAAACUGGAACAUAACAUGGAAAAUAAACUCUCUGAGGCACUUUUGAGGAGCCAACUACAGUGUUACAGUUACAGACUCCAUGUAAAUGAUUGCUGCCAGCACCUUGGAAUUUUGAAAUGAUUAACCUAUACCAAUAAGACAUAACAUUAUGACCACCUGCCUAAUAUUGUGUUGCGCCACCUGUUCCUGCCAAACCAACCCUGACCCGUCGUGGCAUGGAUUCCUCUAGACCCCGUAGGGUGUGCUGUGGUAUCUGACACCAGGAUUUUAGCAAGAGAUCAUUUAAGUCCUUUAAGCUGUGGGAUGCAGUCUCCAUGGAGAUGACUUGUUUGUCCAGCACACCCCGCAGAUGAUCGAGUGGACUGAGAUCUGAGGAAUUUGGAGUCCGAGUCAAUGCUCCUUCCUUGCUCUGUAGGAGGGAGCAUUAUCCUGCUAAAAGAGGCCACACCCAUCCAAGUAUACUUUUUCCAUUAAAGGGUGUAUAUGAUCUCCAGCAGCAGGUACCAGCAGGUAGCUGGUAUGUGCCAAAAUAACACUCACAAGGAAGGCAGGGCCCAAGAUUUCCCAGCAAAACAUUGUUCAAAGCGUCACACUGCCUCCACCAGCUUGCCUUCUUAAAAGUGCAACCUGGUGCUAAGUGUUCCAAAUGUAGAUAGAAAAUGUGAUUCAUGAACUCAUGCCUCCUUCUUCCUCUGUGAUCUCUGUGAUCUAAUUCUGAUGCUCAUGUGGCCAAUGUUGUACUUUUGGCAGUGGAAAGGAGGGGUCAAUCCGACUGGUCUGCGGCUAUGCAGCUCCAUACGCACUGAACUGUGGUGCACUGUGUACUCUCACAUCCUACUGCCAGUACCAUUAUCAGACCACAUGGGCCAAAAAACCCAUAGGCUAAUCUUUGCUCCCCACAUGCAUAAAUGAGCUUUGAUUGCUCAUAACUCUGUCGCUGGUUCAUCACUGUUCCUUCUUUGAAGCACUUUUGAUAGUUCUUGCUCUACCUCAUCUCCUUGAACAAAAUGGUAUGGAAAUAUUUUUAACAUGAAGAAACACAAUGAUACACACAGAAACUGAGGGUAACUCAUGAUGUGUGACAGAAGUAAGAAAUUGUAUUUUUAAAGCUGUGUAAAAUGUGAGCAUACAUUUUAAAUGUUUGGUUUCUGUUUUUAUGUUUUAGCUUUUCUAUGAAGCACAUUGUGAUUUUUAUCUUGAAAGGUGCUAUACAGAUAAAACUUUACUUAUUUACUUACUUAUGUAAAUAGAAAUAGAAGAAAUUACAUUUUCUUUAAUUCUUCUGAAGAUUUUAAGAAAAUGUAAAUUUUUAAAGAAGUUGCCAUGAAUGAAGUGUCUGUCCUCCGACUUUCAUGCAACUGUAUUGCUGGAUAAAUGUGAUUGAAUUUAAAUAAGGUACUGCAGCUGAAUGUAUUUUUUGAUUAAAAUGAAGGUGUUUUUUUUCUUUGCUGUCCUGAAUCAGGGUUUGUAAUGUUGCUGCAAUAUUUUGAUAAAGCCGAAUGGUUAGAAUUUUUACUGUAUUCAUAUCCAUGUCCUCAUUUUAUUAACUGUACAGACAACAUUCAGAACCAUUGCUGUCAUUUGAUUUGUUAAGCUUACAUAUUUGCUAUGUAUGUAAACUGAGCAGUGAGCAGGUGAGGUGCUGCAGUGUAUCGCAGCAGCAGUACUUGUGCGAGUCUAGGUUUCUUUGUCCUGUCCAAAAAUGCAAAUAUGCUGGGUUCCUCCGACAUCCAAAGACAUGUUAGAUCAUAGGUAUGAAAGCAAGAGGAAUGAUUGCCUGGCUAAUAAUUUUUAAUGUAAAUAUACACCAAGUUGAGAGCGUCAAU